UAAUAUUGGGAAUUGUAACAUAGUUCAACGCAACACUCUUUUGAUUCCACAAUUCUUCUUCUGGACCUGCGAUUCUCGCAAUCAUGGCCACCGUGCAACUCCAAUCCCUAACCCUCACUCGCUCCUCCACACUCCCUUCCCUCACCUCUCCACCGAUUCCCGUCACCGCCCGCCGCAACUCCGCUGCGCUGCCGAGCUACUCUGGCCUCCGGCUCCGAGCCACCGUUGGAAUUGUUUUUUCCACCCGCGCAGCCUCGAGAACCGCUCCUCGCGGCGGACGCAUCGCUUGCGAGGCACAGAAUACCACCGUCGAAGUGACUGCUAUUACUGAUGGAAAUUGGCAAUCACUUGUGCUUGAAGCCGAUACUCCUGUUCUGGUUGAAUUCUGGGCUCCAUGGUGCGGUCCCUGCCGAAUGAUCCACCCGAUAAUCGAUGAACUGGCGAAGGAAUAUGUUGGUAAGCUGAAGUGUUACAAACUCAAUACUGAUGAGAGCCCUUCAACUGCCAGCCGUUAUGGGAUUCGAAGUAUUCCCACUGUCAUUAUUUUCAAGAAUGGUGAGAAGAAAGAUACAGUUAUUGGAGCUGUCCCCAAGACAACAUUGACCUCUAGCAUAGAAAAAUUCCUGUGAGCAAAUGAAAGUAAAGCUAUUUUUCUCGUUAGCUUCCUCUCAUCUAAGCCAAAUAUCAGGUUGGGAUUAUUUGUUUCUUAAAUAACCAUUUGUGGUCCUGUAUAGUUAUGGAUGCAAACCAUAUUUUCUGAUUUCUUUAGAUAAUUAUAGUUAACAAUGUGUUGCGUAAAUUUGCCAUCUAUUAUAGCUCAAAUUAAAUCUAUUUUGCA